UCAUUCAUAUAUAUUCUGUGAACGAAAGCCGAGUCUGAAGUUUGUUUCUAAUUCAUUGUACCUAUUACUUCUUACUGCUUAAAUUAUUAACAAUUUUUAACCAUGUCUGCCCGAUAUGAUAGAGCCAUCACAGUAUUUUCUCCUGAUGGACAUUUAUUACAAGUAGAAUAUGCUCAAGAAGCUGUCAGAAAGGGGUCAACAGCAGUUGGAGUUAGAGGAGUCGAUGUGGUAGUCUUAGGUGUUGAGAAAAAAUCGGUUGCUAAAUUGCAAGAAGAACGAACUGUGAGGAAAAUAUGUCUUUUGGAUGAUCACGUCGUAAUGGCAUUUGCCGGAUUGACAGCAGACGCUCGUAUAUUAAUAAACCGUGCACAAAUCGAAUGUCAAUCACACAAGUUAACAGUCGAGGAUCCAGUAACAUUGGAGUAUAUUACAAGAUACAUAGCAGGUCUCAAACAGAAAUAUACUCAGAGCAAUGGUCGUCGACCAUUUGGUAUUUCGUGUUUGAUAGGAGGAUUCGACUAUGAUGGUUCACCACACUUGUUCCAAACUGAACCUUCUGGUAUAUAUUAUGAAUGGAAAGCUAAUGCAACUGGUAGAUCUGCAAAGACAGUACGAGAGUUUCUAGAGAAAAAUUACACCGCUGAUGAAGUUGCUACAGAGAAUGGAGCUGUCAAGUUGGCUAUCAGAGCACUCUUGGAAGUAGUACAGUCUGGCCAAAAGAACCUAGAAAUUGCUGUAAUGAGAAGAGGUCAACCAAUGCAGAUGCUUGACUUAGACACUAUAAACUCCUAUGUAUCUGUCAUUGAAAAAGAGAAAGAAGAGGAAGCAGAGAAGAAAAAACAGAAGAAGUAAUUAAAAAAUUGUAACUUUUUUAUUAAAAUAAAUGGCAUAAGGAAUUCUUAA